AAAAUUAUCAAUGGUCUCGAAAUUAUAAUUAGCCGAAAUUGCCAGAUGUCCAUCUUCAUGUAAUAGUAGUGGGAUUUCUACCGCAUCCACUUCAUCGGCAACAAAGAACGCGAACGCGAUAUCUGCCAUUGCUAGACGAGGCGAGCAGGCUAGUCAACCAAGAAGUGUCCGACUUUUUGACUCCUCCCCCGGCUGCAAUCGGCUACUCUCGCCUGUUUUCGAGGCGAGCCGAAAGUCAUCUCAAACAAGCAGCGCAAAAUGAGAGAGCGUAGUUGGAAUCUUUAAGGUAGAGACACCGCUAGGCUAUAUGCAACGGUCUCGGUCUAGGCAACUUCAUGGAAAUACGAUGGUUAUAUUGCACAUGAUUUCUCAUGACUGGAAAACAAAUCGAGCUUUCCACUUUAGUAACCUUUUGAAGUGACGGAACCUAAGCUUUCUGGGAGUUUAGUUCUAAUUCCAUUUUCAAGUAACUUCAGUCUGGAAAUACAAUUUUGGGCACAGGUAUCAAAAAAAAACCUAAGAGCACGCGAUGGACGACGGACAGUGCUACUACAACGAAACGAUCGCCUUCUUUUACAACAACAGCGGCAAGCACCUGGCCACGGAAUGGAAUACAAUCAGCCGGCUGGUGAUGGGACUGGGCAUCACCGUGUGCAUCUUCAUCAUGCUGGCCAACCUGCUGGUAAUGGUGGCCAUCUACAUCAACCGGCGCUUCCACUUCCCCAUUUACUACCUGAUGGCGAACCUGGCGGCGGCGGACUUCUUCGCGGGCCUGGCCUACUUCUACCUGAUGUUCAACACGGGCCCCAACACGCGCAGGCUGUCGGUGAGCACCUGGCUCCUGCGGCAGGGCCUCAUCGACACCAGCCUGACCGCCUCGGUGGCCAACCUGCUGGCCAUCGCCAUCGAGCGCCACAUCACCGUCUUCCGCAUGCAGCUGCACACGCGCAUGAGCAACCGGCGCGUGGUGGUGGUCAUCGUCAUCAUCUGGACCAUGUCCAUCGUCAUGGGUGCCAUCCCCAGCGUGGGCUGGAACUGCAUCUGCGCCAUCCGGACCUGCUCCAACAUGGCGCCCAUCUACAGCCACUCUUACCUGGUCUUCUGGGCCAUCUUCAACCUGGUCACCUUUGUGGUCAUGGUGGUUCUCUACGCGCACAUAUUCGUCUACGUGCGCCAGAGGACCAUGAGGAUGUCCCGGCACAGCUCUGGCCCGCGCCGAAACCGGGACACCAUGAUGAGCCUCCUGAAGACCGUGGUGAUCGUUCUAGGAGCUUUCAUCAUUUGCUGGACCCCCGCGCUGGUUCUGCUACUGCUGGACGUGUUCUGCGACGGCUGCAACGUGCUGGACUUCGAGAAGUUCUUCCUCCUCCUGGCCGAGUUCAACUCGGCCAUGAACCCCAUCAUCUACUCGUACCGGGACAAGGAGAUGAGCGCCACCUUCAAGCAGAUCCUGUUCUGCCAGCGGCAGGAGAACGUCAACGGCGUGGUGGCGGAGGGCUCGGACCGCUCCGUCUCCUCCAGCAACCACACCGUCCUCAGCCCGCAGCACAACAACGGCCAUUCCGUGGUGUGAAAGGUUUUCCGUUUUCGAUGUUUUUUUUUUGUUUUGUUUUUUGUUAAAUACCCAGAUGGUAUGCGAGAAAUGCGUCCCAGCUCUUUUGGGGAGCAAAAAAGGGGCAUUUCAUAAGUAAGGACUGUGUGCCUUUUUUAGUAUUUUUAUUUUUAUUUUCCGUUUGACUGGAAAUAUCUCUGAUGCUCCAUGAACUAUUUAAGAAGGACUAAUCUAUGAUGUGAAGGAUAUGGAUAUGCCAGUAUGAAUUUUCUGACUAGUAUUCUCUUUGUUACUCUAUUGUUGUUUGAGCCUUCAGUAUAUCAGCUUACCUGGACCAAUUCAGUGGAUUAAGUAGUGUGUGUAGCUUGUAUUAUUAUUAUUUUUUUUUAAAUCCCUGAAUAAAACUAAGUGUUUCAUUUGUUACGUAAGAAUAUAUAUACUGAAUACUGACUUGAAUUCAUGUUGAUUAUUUUUUUGGGGGGUAUUGCUUUGGAAAACAUACUUCUGUUUGAUUGAGCUGUAUUCUGAAUUCAGUUUGAGGGACCACUGAUUCGUGGCAGUGUCAUUGCCACCUGCUGUUUUUUAAAAACUUUUUAAACUUGCAUAACUUUCAUUUACACUUACGUUUUUUUGAAGCGUUGUUGAUGUAAUGGUAUUAAUAACAGAUCUAGUGAAGAACAGAUCAUGUAAUGUGCAUUUAUGUCCAUUCCAUAAGCAUGCAUGCGAUGGGUAUUUCCCCUUUUUUGAUAGAACUGAUACUUCUUUUUGAUACAUUCCUUAACCACCAUUAACCAUGUAUAGCACAAAAUAUAUUUCACUAUCAAAUAUAUGGAACAAAAUGUGAUUUGUCUUUAACUUGAAACAUACAAAAUUAUAAUUCUG